CAACAUCUAAAUGUGUGGUGGAGUUUGAAUAAAGCUUCUUUCUGCUCUCCUACUCCUCGGAGUGAGAGACCCUCGGAGUUGCUGGCCCGGGAGCUUUUGGAGCAUCGACGGUAACCAUGACGCCCCUACUUCUGCUGUGUGUGUCCUUGACCAUCAUCUCUGCAACAGUAUCGUUUGAGCUUGACAACCAAAAGGAAUUGGAUGGCACAUUGCGUGUCAGCAUCCCCGUGGAGAUGCCUCUCCGUCCUCUACUGGGAAGCAAGGUGGUGGUGCCCUGUUAUUUCCAGGAAAACACCAUCAAUGACCCCGGAGCCCCGACCGUUGCCCCGACGGUCAGCCCACUCUCCCACCGCAUCAAAUGGACCUACGUCACCAAGGACAAAGUAACCACCAUCCUGGUGGCGUCUAGGGGGAAAGUUAAAGUAGAGGCGGAGUAUUUGGACAGAGUGACGAUGAUCAACUACCCGCUUGUCUCCACUGACGCCAGUCUGGAGAUAACGGAGCUGAGGUCCAAAGAUUCUGGCAUCUACCGCUGUGAGGUGAUGCACGGCAUUGAGGACAACUAUGACUCUGUGGACAUCCAAGUUCAGGGUAUCGUGUUCCACUACCGAGCCAUCUCCACCCGCUACACCCUGACGUUUGAGAAGGCAAAGGCAGCCUGCAUCCAGAACAGUGCAACCAUCGCCACCCCGGCCCAGCUCCAGGCCGCCUACGAUGAUGGAUACCACCAGUGCGAUGCCGGAUGGCUCUCUGAUCAGACUGUCAGGUACCCCAUCCAUGAGCCGCGGGAGCGUUGCUUCGGAGAUAAGGAGGACUUCCCUGGCGUGAGAACCUAUGGUGUGAGGGAUGUCAACGAGACCUACGAUGUGUACUGUUUUGCUGAGAAGCUGUCAGGCAGGGUCUUCUACUCCAUGUCAGUCGAGAAGUUUAGCUUCUAUGAAGCAGGAGAUCAGUGUGCCAAACUUGGUGCCCGUCUCGCCACCACCGGAGAGCUUUACCUGGCCUGGAAGGCCGGCAUGGACGUGUGUAACGCUGGCUGGCUGGCGGACAGGAGCGUACGCUACCCGAUCAACAUCGCCAGGCCUCAGUGCGGAGGAGGCCUCCUGGGAGUGAGAACCGUCUACCUGUUCCCCAACCAGACGGGAUACCCCAACCCUGACUCUCGCUACGAGGCUGUCUGUUUCGGAGAGGGCGAGGUCACCGUGGGUGAGAGCACCACCCCUUUCCCAGACAUCAUCCGCAUGACACCUGAACCGGGGACGUACCCGGGCAUCACCCUGUCACCUGGGGGAGCGGAAAUCAAGGGUGGAGAAAUUGACACCUUCACUCCAGUGCCCAUCCCCCCCAGUGUGACAGACCCAGAAGCUACAAUGGCUCCCACAGGUGUGGUGUUCCACUACCGACCCAUCACCGGUCGGUACACUCUGACUUUCGUGGAGGCUCAGCAGGCCUGCCAGAGCAUCGGAGCGGUCAUCGCCAGCUCCCUGCAGCUGCAGGCGGCCUUCGAGAAGGGCCUUCACCAAUGUGAUGCCGGCUGGCUGCGCGACCAGACCGUGAGGUAUCCCAUCGUGUCACCCAGAGAUAACUGUGCCGGUAAUCUGCCCCACCUCCCAGGAGUCCGUUCCUACGGACCCAGACCAGCCAGCGAACGUUACGAUGUGUAUUGUUAUGUGGAACGUCUGCAAGGUGAGGUCUUCUUCACCAGUGACUACGAUAGCUUCUCCUACGAGGAAGCUGUGCAGCACUGUCAGAAACUCAACACCACCUUGGCCACCACCGGGCAGCUCUUCGCGGCCUGGAACCAGGGGCUCGACAAGUGCCGUCCAGGCUGGUUGAUGGACCGCAGUGUCCGCUACCCGAUCACAACCCCCAAGUCCCACUGUGGAGGCGGUCAGGUUGGGGUCCACAUCAUUUACACCUACCCCAACCAGACAGGGUUUCCCGAUGAGCAUUCACGUUAUGACGCCUACUGUUUCAAAGCUGAAGUUCCAGUUGUUCAAUUUGAGAAUGAAACUGAUGUGAAUCUGACAAUCGUGACAGUGGAUUUCAUCAACAAGACAACAGUCACAGUUGAUUACUUUGCUCCAACAGCUGAAACUACUGGACAAUACAAUAAAAAUGAAACCUAUGUCAACAUUACUGAUAUUGAGGUACCCAUCAAGGAGACCAUCAUCAAACCUCAGGAAGCUGUGCAAAAUGUGGAAUCCCGUUUACCUCUGCUCCCUAAUGAAGUCUCCGGCUCCGGUUCAGCUGAUCACUCGGCCAGUGGGGAGGGCUCUGGUGCGUCCGGUGCCUCCGGUUCCAGCGGUGACGCCUCUGGCUCCGGACAAACCGUCGUCUUCAGCGGAAGCACCGACGUUUUCUCCGGGGAACAGUCCGCCUCUGGAGGCCCACAGGAGGCGGAAGGUGGAAGUGCUUUCCUCAUCACAUCUGGAGAACUCGGUAGUGCAUCCGGAUCCGGGGGAUCAGGGGGAUCUGGGGGAUCUGGGGGAUCUGGGGGAUCCGGGGGAUCCGGGGAGGGGGUCGACACGCAACACUCCGGCUUCGGUGUAUCCGGAUCGGGUUUUAUCAGCGGAAGUGGGGACUUCAGUGGCAGUGGCGGAGACUCUGUGAUCAUCAUGGUGGAUGGGAAGAUGGUGGAGGUGUCGAAAACUCACCAAAAGCUCACUGACCAGGAGUUAGGCCAGGGAGGCAUUGACAGCAGCGGCUCUUUCUUGGAAUCAAGUACCUCGGGAUCUGGAGGUAUGUCCGCUUCGGGCUCUGGCGAAUUUUCCGGCAUCUCAUUUGUCGACCACAGUGCCGUUGACCUGACAGGCGAGCCGUCUGGGGAACAGGAAGUAUCUGGAUAUCGGCCUUCUGGAUCCGGGUUUUCAAGCGGCUUUCCAAGCGGCUUUCCAAGUGGCUUUCCAAGUGGCUUUCCAAGUGGUUUUCCUUCUGGUUUUCCAUCCGGGGUCUCGGGCUCUGCCUCUGGAGACUUUAUUCUGCACCGUGGUGAUGAUGUGAGCUUUGUAACAUACAAUGAGAUCCCAGUAACCCUACUGCCGCCGCUGCAAGUCCCUGAGCAGGGCCGUGGGGUGGUGGAGGUCAGCGGUGAAGGAAGCGGUUCGGGGGUCGCCCAUGAGUUCAGUGGCGCUUUGGAACAAAGCUUGCAUUUCUCGGGAAGCGGAGCCCACGAUGAAAAACCUCAGACUCACACCGAGCUCAUUGCCAAUCUCGGCCAAUCAGGCCUCGGGGAGGAGAGUGAGGAAAGCCUUGCGGGACCUACUCUGGAUGUAGUGACUCCAGACGCGGCCUACACCAGUCCAACCACAGCCCCGUCAGUGUCAUUCGUGACCCCUGCUGUAGUGGAGCAGCCUGAAGUGGUGGAUGCUGUGCAGGGCUGCGCUGAGGGCUGGCUGGAGUUCAUGGGCAGCUGUUACCUCGACCUCCCCGGGCGAGCUUCCUGGUCUGAGGCUGAGCAACGCUGUCAGGAGGUCAACGCCCACCUGGUUAGCAUCGGAUCCCAGGAGGAGCUACAGUUCAUCAACUCCAACGGCCGGGACUACCAGUGGAUUGGGCUCAAUGACAAAGAUGUGCUGAACGAGUUCCGCUGGACAGACGGAAGCCCUCUUACAUUUGAGAGCUGGAGGCCCAACCAGCCAGAUAACUACUUCAACUCCGAGGAGGACUGUGCAGUGAUGAUCGGGCACGAGGGCGGACAGUGGAGCGGCAUGCCCUGCGACAAUCGCCUUCCCUUCACCUGCAAGACCGGACCAGUCACGUGUGGGGCUCCCCCCGACGUGGAACACGGCCGGCCGAUGGGCAGCGGCCGAGAGCGCUACCCGGUCGACUCCAUCGUCCGCUACCAGUGUGACGCCGGCUACACGCAGCGCCACCUGCCAGUCGUGCGCUGCAUGCCAGGCGGACAGUGGGAGGAGCCACAAGUGGAAUGUACAGAAGCCGGCGCCAGCAGCAACAGGCUACACAAAAGAUCCCUCAGGAGGAGAAGUAAAGGGGUCGGCAGCCAACAGCGACAGAGGAAGCUGCACUGAGCAGCAAUGAAAAGGACAUAGAACAGAGAGCCACAAAGGACCCCCUCUUGGAAAGAAGCAUGGACACCAAUGCAAAUGCCGGACCAAAAAGAUAAUAGUCCCCACCAUGUAUUUACACACACACACACAUACACACACACACUAAAGCACAUUUAUACAGUGAUAGUGUACUUGACUGAUGAUUUGGAUCUUUGAGCGUCACCCUGCACCUUCUGAAGGCAGUUUUUUUCUGUGUAUUUGUACUGUCUAAUUUAUAGCUGUGAUCUAGUAUUUGGGAAGCAUUAUCUCAUUGCACAUUUUUCUGGUUGCCAGCACUGCAUACAAAGUAGAUGAAAUAGCCAGAGGCUUUAGAGUGACACACACACACAGUCCAAAUCAGCCCAAUUUAGUGUUUUCGAUUGCAGCUGGAUUCUCUGAAGUCAAACACAUUGUCACGCAAACUUUUGCUAUAUCUUUAGGGUAUUUUUUAUAGAUUUGUGUUUCAGUAGUUUUUAUAACUUUUGUUCUGUCUCUAAAGACUUUAAUUGUGUGUCAGCCUGGCGAGACGAAAACUGUUUCCUAAGUCGUAGCCGAAGACCGUGAUUCGCAAAUGUUAUGAUUAGAACGAAAGCCUGGUUAGCGGGGGGGGGAAAAUUACCUGCUGGUACGUCGGGGGAAACUUAUCUGCAUCACUCAGAGGCCCGAAAAAAAACAUGUCACAACCUUCGGUUUGAGAGCCACAACACUGCAUCACACAUACCGAGAAAAAAAAGAUUGUGCUGUUCCGAUCCAAUGGCGAAAAUAGAAAAUCCAAGUUCAAGAUGUGAUUAAAGUCGCUGCAACAGACCUGCAUUGAAAUAAUCAGCACUCGCGCACUUUUUUCGGAAGUCAGCCAGUCAAUUCUGUGCCAAUCAUUUGAAUCGAGUGCACUUUAAAACACGAGAGAGCGGCCAGUCCUCGCCAUGCAGCCGAAAACCAAGCGAGACGUGCGGUGUGGCGCCGAGGCCCGGGACCAGGUCACCAAAAGAAGCGCGCCCCGGGUUCCGCAGGUCGGACUUUCGUGACUUUUAAAGAGCGACCCACGAAUCCUCUCGGCAGAGAUGGAGACUCAGUGUUUGCUGAACGGCUGACGUUUUGCACUGUAAAUAUUCCCUGAGCAGCAGGAUCUGUCAACAACUAACUCAGAGACACACGAGUUAAAUGUUUGCUUGAUUCAUUCGUCAUUCACCUGCUUGGUUCGGUGGUUUCAUUCGCUGGUAGGUGAGUUGGGAAUCAUUUUGAGCCCCAAGCAUCUUUCUGGAGGUUUCAUGCAAUCGAGUUCUAUCAAAAACGUGAGACAUUGCACACUUUUUUAGGGAAUAGAAGCAGUAGGAAUUAUUAUUUUAAGCAUGACGAGAAGGGAGGCAGUGGAUGCGGAAGUUACGAAAUGUCCACCAUGACCUUUUAAAAGGUCAAGAUUUGCUUUUUAACACGGAGAGAAGAUACUUGCGUCCGUAUCUGAGUUCUCUCAGAACAACUUACUAACACCAAAACAGCUACCACACACACACACACACACACACACACACUCACAAUCACAAUUCAAAGAACACGCUGCAGAGUAUGAAAGUGAGAAAGUGAAACAUCUAGAUUUCUCAUAGUUUAUACAUUUUGUACACGUACAAUAAAUUAACUGAAUCCACUGGGAUGCUCCUGA